GUGCUUCUUGGUAUGGCGCAAUCUGCCGAUGGCGCUGAUCGCCUGUGGACGCUGGGAAGGCGAUGGGCGCACGGCAUUGUUUUUGGGAUGGAUGGAAGUACUAAUGGUUUGGGCUCCAAGUCAUGCGGUCCGCUGACCGACUACUACAUUCCAGAUUACAUACUCAAACCAGACUCCGAACCAGUCCUCCUUGAUAAUGCACCAGCUUGUCCUGUGGUAGUCUUCAUCAACUCUAAAAGUGGUGGCCAACUUGGAAGUGGUUUGAUCAAAACGUACCGCGAACUUCUCAAUGUAGCACAGGUCUUUGAUCUCUCAGAAGAGUCUCCUGAUAAGGUGCUGCACAGAUUGUAUGCCAACUUCGAAAAGCUCAAGUCUAAUGGUGAUAUUCUUGCUGUUGAAAUUCAGAGGAAGCUUAGACUAAUUGUUGCUGGUGGUGAUGGAACGGCAAGUUGGCUGCUUGGAGUAGUUAGUGAUCUUAAGCUUUCUCACCCACCCCCUGUUGCUACUGUGCCUCUGGGAACCGGAAACAACCUUCCUUUUUCAUUUGGAUGGGGAAAGAAGAACCCAGCUACUGACCAAGAGGCAGUGAAAUCAUUCCUUGGGCUAGUGAAAGGAGCAGGAGAAAUGAGCAUUGAUAGUUGGCAUAUCAUCAUGAGGAUGCGAGUUCCACAGGAAGGUCCAUGUGAUCCUAUUGCUCCCUUAGAGCUUCCCCAUUCACUACAUGCAUUCCACCGUGUAUCAGGGUCCGAUGAGCUCAAUGUGGAGGGUUACCACACAUUCCGUGGAGGAUUUUGGAAUUACUUUAGUAUGGGAAUGGAUGCACAAGUGUCUUAUGGAUUCCACUCUGAAAGGAAGAAAAAUCCGGAGAAGUUCAAAAACCAGCUAACAAAUCAGGGUACAUAUGCUAAGCUUGGACUUAAACAAGGAUGGUUUGCUCCUUCUCUAACCCAUUCAUCUUCAAGGAACAUCGCUCAGCUUGCAAAGGUGAAGAUCAUGAAAAGACCUGGUGGCCGAUGGGAAGACCUUAAAAUCCCCAGCAGUAUUCGAUCAAUUAUCUGUCUGAAUUUGCCAAGUUUCUCGGGAGGAUUCAACCCCUGGGGAACACCUGGCACGAGGAAAGCACAAGACAGAGACCUGACUGCGCCUUUUGUUGAUGAUGGGCUCAUCGAGGUUGUUGGCUUUCGCGAUGCUUGGCAUGGGCUCGUCUUGCUGUCCUCUAAAGGACAUGGGACUCGUCUAGCACAGGCUCAUAGAAUCCGGUUCGAGUUCCACAAAGGAGCAGCUGACCACACAUUCAUGAGGGUCGAUGGCGAGCCAUGGAAGCAGCCCCUCCCCAAGGAUGACGAGACGGUGGUAGUCGAGAUCUCGCAUCUCCGCCAGGUCACCAUGCUGGCCAACCAGCCGUGCAAGUCGAAGAGCAUUGACGACCCCACGUCACCGUCACACCGCGGGGAAGACAACGACGACAGUGACAGCCUGGAGGAUGAGGAUGAGUGGAAGGAGGGGAGGAAGAAGUUUGGGGCGGCGGAUACCUUCAAGUUGCCUGAUGAGGUUGACAUCGCGCAUCUUAGUUGAGUUUUGGUCCAGGUUCCUGCCCUGCGACCUGUUGAUAUGAUCCAGAUUUCAGAAUGGUAGCUGCUAAUGCUGUCAGUGAUACUGCCCCUUGGUAUUAUCCUGUGAUUUGGGACCGUAGUUGCCUUAAUUGUGUAGGACCGGCUAUAUUGGUUAGCAAACUGCAAAGUCAGUAAGUAUUGGAUUUGCAUGCAAAGCAAUGCAGUUUUUCUUUUCAUGGAAGAGAUCCUUUGACCCCCAUCCUUUGGGGCUGGAAUCAAAGAGUCCAUUUGUGAUUCUGAGAA